AUCAAUAUGAAUUUUAUAAGCAAAAACUACCUUUGGUCGGCGCCUCCAUUUUAGUGGGCAUUGAGUUUAGCUCUACUACUUCCCAGCCGCCACAAGUACAUGCAUCAAUUAAAACUUAAAAGUCUCUCUCCAUCUCUAUAUAUCCACUAAUUAAACAAGCAAAUCAGUAAUUAAAUAAAAUAAAAAAUAAAAUGGCGGUGAUCCCAAAGUUGAAGCUCAGCGGCAUGGAGAAGGCGAUGCCGGUGAUUGGGAUGGGAACGGCGUCGUUUCCGAUGGCAGACCUGGAGACGACGAAAGCGGCGGUGCUGGAGGCCAUUAAGGCCGGGUACCGCCACUUCGACACGGCCUUCGCCUACGGCUCCGAGACGGCGCUGGGCCAGGCCGUCGUGGAGGCCCUGCGCCUCGGCCUCAUUGAGUCACGCAGCGACCUCUUCAUCACUACCAAGCUGUGGGCCAGCUUUACCGAUCCCAGCCAGAUUGUGCCCGCUUGCAAAAUGAGCCUCCAAAAUCUGAAAGUGGAGUACGUGGAUAUGUACCUGAUCCAUUGGCCGGUGAGGCUGACGGAAAUGGUGAGAAAAACUCCGGUUCCGGUUGAAAUCGUGAAGCCUUUGGAUAUCAAGGGUGCGUGGAAAGGGAUGGAAGAGUGCGUCAAUUUAGGGCUCACAAAAGGCAUAGGUGUUAGUAAUUUCUCUAUCAAAACCCUUGAUCAACUUCUCUCCACUGCCAAAAUCCCACCUACACUCAAUCAGGUGGAGAUGAAUCCAUAUUGGCAACAGAAGAAACUGAGGGAAUUCUGCAAGGAAAGGGGAGUUCACGUGACGGCCUACUCUCCGCUAGGAGCAAACAACACGAAAUGGGGAGACGACAGAAUACUGGGAAAUGAAGUUCUAGCGGAUAUCGCGAAAGCCAGGGGAAAAACCACAGCUCAGGUUGCAUUGAGGUGGGUAUACGAGCAAGGAGUGAGCAUAGCAAGCAAGAGCUUCAACAAAGAGAGGAUGGCACAAAAUCUCCAAAUAUUUGAUUGGUGUUUGAGUGAUCAAGACUUGCAAAAAAUCAGCCAACUUCCACAAGCCAAAGGUGUCACUUUGGCUUCAAUUUUGGGACCCCAUCCUCUUGUUUUGGAGAUAGAUGCAGACCUUUAACUUUAACCCCAUACAAUAAAUACUAGCUACUAACAUACAAUAUAUUUUCAUACCCUAAUUAUUUUAUCAUCACUUCUCUUUUGUAAUUCUCUCUAUUCAAUAAUAGUACGAAUAAAACAUUCUUAUA